AAACCAGGGUUACCAUUACCUUGAAGGAAACCCCUUCCCUCCUGCGCCGCUAGGUGGAAACAACGAGCUUUUGACCGACAAGACUGCGCGGAAACGGCCACGAGGAAGAAGCCGCAGCGUCCAUUUCCUCUUCCGGGUCCGGGACAAACAAACGUCGUGUGAACGGCGCGACCAAACUGAAACUUUUACAGAAAACUUACCAGGUCUGAGUGUUUCACGUGUUUUCAACGUCAUACUUUGUGUUCGACGUAAACAACGAUUGGAAGAUGUCUCUUCCUAAACGGGAGGUCGAGGAGAUGAGGCCAUGGGUGGAGCGGACUGUAAAGAAGGUCCUGGGUUUCUCAGAGCCCACUGUGGUUACUGCUGCUUUGCACUGUGUUGGAAAAGGACUGGACAAAAGGAAGACCGCGGACCAGCUACGUCCCUUCCUUGAUGACUCUGCUGGAGGUUUUGUGGAGUGUCUUUUUGAAGCUUUGGAGGAAAGCCGCAGUUCACGUGGCAACAAAGGAGCAGGAGAAAAGCACCGCAAGAGAGACCUCAAGGAUGUUUUUGGUGAUGAGACUGAAAUUGGUGUCGUACGAGAAACUCCAGAGAUAAAAGAAGUGGUGGCACCAAAGAGAAAACGGGUUCCUCGCUUCGAGGAGGUAGAGGAACCUGAGGUCAUACCUUGUCCUCCAUCUGAGAGCCCUGGCAUGCUCACCAAAAUGCAGAUAAAACAGAUGAUGGAAGCCGCUACAAAACAGAUUGAAGAGAGGAAGAAACAAUUGAGCUUUUCCUCUUCAGUCCCUGCAGCACAAUCACAGAUGGAAAUCCCUCAAAUCUCACGGCUUCUCGGCACAGCCGCUGCUGCAGGCGGAGGUGGUGCCUCAUCUAUCGCUCCGUCCCAGGCUGCCAGUUUUAUGAAUGAUGCUAUCGAGAAGGCCCGCAAGGCUGCUGAGCUUCAGGCCCGCAUCCAGUCCCAAUUAGCCAUGAAACCUGGUAUCCUCGGAGCCCUGGGGAACGCUGGGCCCCACAACCUAGUGGCACUAGCUAAUUUACACGCUAUGGGAAUUGCCCCACCGAAAGUUGAAAUCAGGGAGGUGAACAAGCCAACCCCUCUUAUUCUGGAUGACAAGGGAAGAACUGUGGAUGCUAGUGGCAAAGAGGUUGAACUCACACACCGCAUGCCAACACUGAAAGCUAACAUUCGAGCGGUAAAGAGGGAGCAGUUCCGUCAGCAGCUGAAGGAGAAGCCUGGGGAGGACUUGGAGUCCACAUCCUACUUCGACCAACGUGUGUCUAUUACACCAGCUCAGCGCCUUCGCAGGGGCUUCAAAUUCCAUGACCAAGGGCGCUUUGAGAAGAUUGCUCAGAGAAUAAGAACUAAGGCCCAGUUGGAAAGGUUGCAGAAUGAGAUUGCCCAGGCAGCAAAGAAGACAGGAAUCCAGGCUUCCACCAAGUUGGCACUGAUUGCCCCUAAGAAAGUAAUUGGAGACGGCUCGGUGCCCCACAUUGAGUGGUGGGACUCCUACAUCCUGCCCUACAACGUAGACAUAUCAGUCGACACAUCAUUUGAAGAGUUGGAGCUCUUUGGUGUGACCAAUCUGGUAGAACAUCCUGCCCAAAUCAGCCCUCCAGUUGACACAGAUAAGCCAGUAACGCUGGGCGUUUACCUGACAAAGAAAGAACAGAAGAAACUAAGAAGACAGACACGUAGGGAGGGACAAAAAGAAGUCCAAGAGAAGGUUCGUCUGGGACUGAUGCCUCCACCAGAACCCAAAGUACGCAUCUCUAACCUGAUGAGAGUGCUGGGGACGGAGGCCGUUCAGGACCCCACGAAGGUGGAGGCCCACGUCAGAGCGCAGAUGGCCAAGAGACAGAAGGUUCAUGAGGAUGCCAAUGCAGCCCGCAAGCUCACAGCGGAGCAGAGGAAAGAGAAGAACGUCAAGAGGCUAAAAGAAGACCUCAGUGAUGGUGUUCACAUUGCAGUGUACAGGAUCCGUAACCUGCACAACCCUGCUAAGAAGUUUAAAGUGGAGGCCAAUGCCAACCAGCUCUACCUGACAGGCACUGUAGUUCUGCACAGAGAUGUCAACCUUGUUGUGGUGGAGGGAGGCCCUAAAUCCCAGAAAAAGUUCAAGAAGCUGAUGUUGCAUAGAAUCAAAUGGGAGGAACACAACAGUAAAAGAGAUGAUCCAGAUGCCGAUGAUGAUACAAAGCGGAACAACAAGUGCUGGUUAAUUUGGAACGGCACAGCUAAAGAGCGAAAUUUUGGGGAGAUGAAGUUCAAGCAGUGCCCGACAGAGAACAUGGCCAGAGAACACUUCAAGAAACACGGCACAGAACACUACUGGGAUCUAGCUCUCAGCAAGAGUGUGUUGGACAACCCAGAUGACUGAAACCUCAAAUAACUCCCCCUUCUACACGAUUCACACCCUCACAGCCAUGUGGUCCUCACUACUGACUGGCUGCCUUUAACUGAGGACUGACCGACAUAAUCAAGAGACUUGAACAUAGAAAAGGAGGAACAAUAAAACUGUGUGGAUGCUUUUGCAAGAAUGUGUGUGUGUCUGUAUGCCGGUGUCAGUGUUCAUCAUUUUGUUGGUAGGCUAUUUUGUCAUAUUACAAUAUGACAGGUUGCACUGUGAUGUAAAUCACUUCCCCAAAGCUGUUUGUGAUGUCUAGACUCUUGUGUCGAAAACCACAUGAUAAUAAACCAUGUAUGAGUAAAAGUAGUGAAUAAUAAAUGCCCCAUCAGUGAAUGGCCACAUGUUUAAACCCA